GUGGUUAUAUUGUAUGUUAAUUAUUAGGCCUCUAGAAUCUUUUAUACUUUUCCAUAAUAUACAAAUUAUAAAUAUAUAGUUAAAAUGAAUAAUUUUAAAGAUUGAAAUAUUAUAAUUAACAUAUAACUGUAAAACAAUGUUUAUAUAAUUGUCUACAUCACUAAUUCGAAUUUCUGUUGUUUCAAAAUAGGAAUUUAAACUAAAUAAAUAUUUUUUCAAUUUGUUUUGGAGGAUCAUUCCUGAAAAUUAGAGCAAAAAUGGGUGAAUGCUUUGAUUUCAAUUGGCAAAAUAUCGAUAAUACACUGUCGAAACGUAUGAUUGAUAAUUCUUUGAUACACCUCUUGGAUAGAGUUCAGAAGAAAAUGUCAAAAAAAACUAUUAUUUUUAACCAAAAAUUAAAAAAGCUCCAAAGGCUAAAAAAUUAUGAUCAAUACAUAAAAAUAAAAACAAAAAUUAAAGAAAAAUUGAGUAAUGGCACCAAUGAAUAUGAAAGUUCAAAUACUGAAUCUUCUUCUGAUGAGAUGAAUUCAGAUGAUGCCCAAGAUGUAGAAGAAAAUAAAGAAAAAAAUGAACAAAGUAGUCAAAAUAGAGAUGAACAUGAUACGUUACCAAAGGAUAAAUCUAAUAAUUUAAUAUCUGAGAACGAUGUCCCACAAUUAACAAACAAUGAAGAGAAAAAUGAAUCAGGAAUUGAUGACAAUUCAAUAAAAGAUUCCAUAAGUAAUUACGAUAAUGACAGUAUUCGAGACAAUCACAGUGAUAUGAUAAGCGAUGAUGAGAUUAAUAAAUUGGUGAUUGAUGAUGAUUCAACACAAGAGUUAGUAAACAGCUAUGAUAAUGAUGAUGUUGUUGAGAAUCAUAGUAAUAAGAUGAACGAAGAUGAAGAAAAUGAAUUGGAAACUCAUGACAAUUCAACAAAAGAUUCAAUAACGAGCCCUAAAAAUGAUAACAUCACGGAAAAUCACAAUGAUACAUUUUGCCAAAAAGAAAGACCUGCUCUCAAAAUUAUCAUGACUGAAAUUAUUAAACCGAAAUACACAGUUAUUCCAAAUCCUCAAACAAUUCUCAAUCCAACAGAAAAGCUUACACACAAUCAGAGUUCAUCUGAUCAGUUAUUAAGUGAUAAUAAAAGUAUUGAACUAGAAUCUAGUCAAAGAAAUAAUUCUCCUAUUCAAGGAAGUAUUGAAAAUAACAUAAAUAAUGAAAAUUUAAAUAAUUUAAUGAAUAGUGGAGAUUCAAUGAUGAUAAAACAACGAGUGAAAAAGAAUAAAACCCCGAGAAUUAAAAGAAAAAAUAUAAUAAUUAAAAAUGAUAAUGAAAAUUCACAAUCUCAGUGUAAUAAAAUUCCAGAUCAUAUAAAUGAUUCUGAUACUAAUGUAGAGACUGGUAAAAUGAGUAAUAUCGAAAAUAGUAAAUCUCAAAAUCUGUUAUCAAUUGAAAAGGCAGCAUUGACAUAUACCUUAGAACAUAUGGCUCAUGUUAAACAUCGGCAAGAAAGAUUGAAUAAUGAAUCACAAUUUUUAAAUGAUAGUUAUAUUAACAUAGAAAAUGAAUCAAGAGAAGACUCUAUGGAGCAAGAAAAUAAUCUAUUACAAUCAAACGUUUUAACUAAAAGGCCCAUGACGCUUGAUGAAUACGUUCAAGAAAAUGAUUUAGUUCCUUUAGAUGAUAAAGCGUCAGCCUUUACACUUAAUGAUCUAUCUGAAGAUGACGAUCUUUUCUUGAUGGAAAUACCAAAAUCGAUGAUUAAUCAAGAACUUUUAGGACAAAAAAUGGUAGUACGAAAUUUCGACAUGACAAUUGGUAGUACAAAUUAUAAAUUACGUCGACUAAAAAAUGACACUUUUACGUGUAUUCUAAAAGAAAAUAAUGAAAGAAUGUCAUUUAAAGCAGUCAAUAUUAAGCCCAAAGCAACGUUUGUAGUUACGGAAAUACUUGCACCAACUAAUGAUGAUAAUUAUUUUCAUCAAGGUUUUGAAAUUACUCAUGGUCCAUGUCCGUUUCCACAAAAUUUAAAAAUACGGAAUCCAUUAGAGAAUAAUAACAAACGAUUGAAAAAAUAUAAAAGAAAAAUGCGUCAAAUAAAAAAAAGAAAAUUAAAUGAAAUGUGAAAUCUUAAUAAAAUUUUAGACCUAUUUUCUCAAAUAUGAAUAUUCUUUGUAUUAUAUUUUUUCUAUUUUAUAAAAAUGUUGUUGUCAAAAAUUAAGAUUUUAUUAAUUUUUUUUAUAAAGUUUAAAAUAUCAAUGAUAAUUA